AACAGACAGCUGCACAAAGCAAGUCACAGCUGCAGCAGAAUGAGCAGCAACACUCAUCUAAAGCUCAGAUAAAAGCCAAACUCACACGCUUCGUCUCGUACUUCUCUGGAGAUAUGGCUCCUUUUGGCAAGUGGAUGAAAGGACAGUUCAUUUUGCUUCAGAUAUUAGAUUGGGUUUUGAGAGGCGCAGCUCAGGUCAUGUUUGUAAACAACCCCCUGAGUGGACUGAUCAUCUUUGCUGGACUGAUCCUCCAGAACAGGUGGUGGGCUCUCAAUGGUUUUGUGGGCACCCUGUUUGCCACAAUCUCAGCCCUCAUUCUCAGACAAAAUAGAGGGGCAAUUGCAGCAGGCCUGUAUGGAUACAAUGGAAUCCUGGUUGGUCUUUUAAUGGCAGUCUUCUCUAAUGCAGGUGACUGGUACUGGUGGCUUCUGCUGCCCAACAUCUUCAUGUCAAUGGCAUGCCCGAUCGUGUCCAGUGCCCUGGCCUCCAUCAACAGUCGGUGGGAUCUGCCAGUCUUUACCCUGCCUUUUAACAUUCUGGUGUGUCUUCAUAUGGUAGCCACAGGCCACUACAACCUCCACUUCCCCCAAGUCCUCAUCCAACCAAGAACCUCCUUCCCCAACAUCACCUGGACUGAGCUGGAUUAUGCUUUGCUCUUCCGCUCCAUUCCUGUGGGCAUUGGGCAGGUUUAUGGUUGUGACAAUCCUUGGACAGGAGGCAUAUUCAUUGUGGCCCUGUUUAUUUCUUCACCAAUAACUUGUGCACAUGCUGUUAUUGGUUCGGCUGUUGGGAUGGUGUCAGGUCUUGCUCUGGCGGCACCAUUCCAGAACAUUUACCUUGGACUCUGGGGAUACAACUGUGUCUUGGCUUGCAUUGCGAUUGGUGGAAUGUUCUAUGCCCUCACCUGGGAGGUCUAUCUACUGUCUAUAGUCUGUGCAUUUUUCUGUGCAUAUCUUCACUCUGCAAUUACUAAUGUGAUGGCUACCUUCGGACUUCCAUCAUGCACAUGGCCCUUCUGCCUGUCGGCCCUCACAUGCCUCUUGAUCACUACAGAGACAAAGACAAUCUACAAGCUGCCUCUUGCCCAAGUUACCUACCCAGAGAAAAACCUCAUGUUCUACUGGAAGAUGAAGAAGAAAGAGAAGGCUAAAAAAGAGCAGGAGGCCCAAGAGAAGAUGAUGCUGCAGGAGAAAGAGAAAGAGGCACAAAGGGAGAAAGACACUGAGAUAAGUAGAGGGCAACAUUCAGAAAACCUGCCCAUUACUGGACUUACAGAGAUCUACACUACUUUGCAGCAGGAAAAAAAACUGGCCUUAUUUAUGCCUGGAAUAUCACGUUCAGACGGUAUUUCAGAGAAUAUCACAAGUUUCUGUAGAACAUCCAUUACAGAACAGUUCAAGGAGCUGCAGCCCCUCAUGGCUGAAACAGUUCAACAGACAGCUGCACAAAGCAAGUCACAGCUGCAGCAGAAUGAGCAGCAACACUCAUCUAAAGCUCAGAUAAAAGCCAAACUCACACGCUUCGUCUCAUACUUCUCUGGAGAUAUGGCUCCUUUUGGCAAGUGGAUGAAAGGACAGUUCAUUUUGCUUCAGAUAUUAGAUUGGGUUUUGAGAGGCGCAGCUCAGGUCAUGUUUGUAAACAACCCCCUGAGUGGACUGAUCAUCUUUGCUGGACUGAUCCUCCAGAACAGGUGGUGGGCUCUCAAUGGUUUUGUGGGCACCCUGUUUGCCACAAUCUCAGCCCUCAUUCUCAGACAAAAUAGAGGGGCAAUUGCAGCAGGCCUGUAUGGAUACAAUGGAAUCCUGGUUGGUCUUUUAAUGGCAGUCUUCUCUAAUGCAGGUGACUGGUACUGGUGGCUUCUGCUGCCCAACAUCUUCAUGUCAAUGGCAUGCCCGAUCGUGUCCAGUGCCCUGGCCUCCAUCAACAGUCGGUGGGAUCUGCCAGUCUUUACCCUGCCUUUUAACAUUCUGGUGUGUCUUCAUAUGGUAGCCACAGGCCACUACAACCUCCACUUCCCCCAAGUCCUCAUCCAGCCAAGAACCUCCUUCCCCAACAUCACCUGGUCUGAGCUGGAUUAUGCUUUGCUCUUCCGCUCCAUUCCUGUGGGCAUUGGGCAGGUUUAUGGUUGUGACAAUCCUUGGACAGGAGGCAUAUUCAUUGUGGCCCUGUUUAUUUCUUCACCAAUAACUUGUGCACAUGCUGUUAUUGGUUCGGCUGUUGGGAUGGUGUCAGGUCUCGCUCUUGCGGCACCAUUCCAGAGCAUUUACUUUGGACUGUGGGGAUACAACUGUGUCUUGGCAUGCAUUGCGAUUGGUGGAAUGUUCUAUGCGCUCACAUGGCAGGUCCAUCUCCUGUCUAUAGUCUGUGCAUUUUUCUGUGCAUAUCUUGGCUCCGCAAUCGCCAAUAUUAUGGCUACUUUCGGACUUCCAGCAUGCACUUGGCCCUUCUGCUUGUCGGCCCUCACUUUCCUCUUGAUAACUACAGAGACAAAGACAAUCUACAAGCUGCCUCUUGCCAAAGUAAACUACCCAGAGAAAAACCUCAUGUUCUACUGGAAGAUGAAGAAGAAAGAGAAGGCUGAAACGGUCAAAAAAGAGACAGAGCUGAUAAAAGACUCGGAAAUUUCAAAAGAUGGGGAAACCACAGUUGUGGUGGAGAGUGAAGAUUAGGAGCAGCAGGAAAUCUGAACCGAGACAAACAGAGACAGGUCAGUGUUCAGCAGAAAGCCCAUUACUUGCCAAUAAUUGAAUGCAGCUUUCAUUUAUACACCUUUGCUUUACUUCCUACAAUCCUCACAGUGGUGAAUCUGUACGAAUGCACAUCAAAGAUUGCCAUUUGCUGUUCAUAGUUUGUAAUAAUUCUUGUCUUUAUCAUUUGUAUAACAAAUUUUUAUAUAAAGAGAUAUUUUUCCCUAUUGCAGCUUAUGUAUUAUAUGUAUAGCAAUUAUUGCAUGGUUACAUGUAUUGUACAGAA